AUGACGCUUCACAGAUCGUCCAUGUCUUCUGCUGAUCAGCUUCGCGAGCGUAAGAUGAAGUGUGAGUUGCUUAAGCUCCAACAAAGUCGGACGAAUUUAAUGACAACCAGUCUCACCAAAAAGCGCAUUCGACAACCUCGCGUGGAGGUGGAGACGAAUCCAUUUUGCGCAGAGAAACAACUCGCCGAUAUUUACCAGCAGCUAAAUUUGAAUAAGAACCCUCGGUUCUACUCGAUAUCCCUGCAGGAUUGCACACAUGUAGAACAAAAUCCUCGAAAUCAUUCCAGCUAUAUUAACCAGUCUGCUGACUUACUCGCCAGCUCACACUUCGAUGUGCGAGCAAGAGCUGAGUUCUUCACGUCCCCACCUUCCACAUCAUGUAUCUCGACGAGGAAGCAAUUUAUCGCUCCAAAAUUGGUCAGUGUUGAUUCCAGCAAUUUGCGAAAGUCGUCUGCAAGUGAGUACAAUGCUGGAUUACAAUGUGGGAGGAUUAUUAAAGCAAACACUCGACGUUCGUUUCCACCAGGCCACGAUCAAUACAGUGUUCCUUUAACAUCGCAUGGCGCAUCUUUUGGCCAUCGCCCAAAUUCCGCGGCGAGAAUGUUUGACCAUCUAACUAACAGCGUUAGCGGAACAAAGAGCUUAGGAAUUGUGCGCAAUAAAUCAACGCGUCGAUGUACCUCGACUCCUGUACGAACUGGCAUGAGCGUUAUGCAAUUAGUACAUCUGUUGGCUCCCCCAAAAGCAGCCAAUUCUUCCUUUUCAGGGGACAAGAAAUCAAUCAGAGCUUUGCAUUGCUGGAAAGAAGGAGCUUCUGAGACAUUAGCUUGCUCACGACGCGAAGGUUUCGCCGUAUCCAGUGACUUCGGUGAUGAACCGAAAAAAAUCAAUAACAAGAAGGUCAACGAGGAGCUCGAGAAGGGUUUUAUCAAUUACGUAUACAACCCACCACGCGAGCUCAAAUCUGGCCACUUUCCACCACCUGAUCAAACAACAGCGCAGCUUAUUGAUAAGUAUCGCAAACUUGCUGUCGGCAAAUUGCCUGACAUUUUUUAG